AUGACUAUCGGCCGUACUUUCAACGUCGUCGGCGCCCACUGUGGCGGCGAGGUCUGCGACGUCAUCGUUGGGGGUGUUCUCGACGUCCCAGGCAAGACAAUGUUUGAAAAAAUGAUGCAUUUCUGGAAAAAGGCAGACCACCUACGAAACCUGCUGAUGAACGAACCCCGCGGCUCAUCAUCCAUGUGCGUUAACCUCGUCCUUCCACCGUGCAAUCCCGAAGCCGACGCGGGCUUCAUCAUUAUGGAGCAUGAGGAGUACCCCCCUAUGUCCGGUGCCAACACCAUUGCCGUGAGCACCGUCCUGCUAGAGACCGGCAUGGUACCGAUGCAGGAGCCUACUACGACACUGCGCCUGGAUACGCCAGCAGGUUUGGUCACGGUCAAGGCCGAGUGCAAGGAGGGCAAGGUUACGUUUGUGGAGUUUCAAAACGUUCCGGCUUUUGUCUAUGGCCUAGAUCUAGACAUCAACGUGCCGGGCUUCGACACGCCCAUCAAGGCCGACAUUGCAUGGGGUGGAAUGUGGUAUGCGCUGGUCGACGCGAGCUCAGUAGGCCUACAGAUCAAGACGGAAAAUGGAAAGGAGUUAGUCGACAUCGGCGAGCGAAUCAAGAGGGCUAUCCAAACGCAGACGAGCCCGGUGCAUCCCGAAAACCCAGAGAUCCGAGGCGUCAGUGUCUUCGAGUUCACGGACCCGCUCUCGCCCUUGGCGCCGGACACGCAACAGACGGCCGUGAACACGGUGGUCGUAUCACCGGGAAGACUCGACCGGAGUCCGUGUGGGACAGGAACGUGUGCCCGACUGGCGGUUCUCCAUAAGAGAGCCCAGCUCGCAGUCGGAGGAUCGUUCCGUCACCGCAGCGUGAUUGGGACCGAGUUUAUCGGAACGGUAAAAAGUGAGGCAAAGGUCGGGGACUACGAUGCUAUUAUUCCCGUGGUGAAGGGGACUGCCUGGAUAACGGCUUUCAAGCAAGUCAUCUUGCACCCAACAGAUCCAUUCCCGGAAGGGUUCAGGGUUGGAGAUAAGUGGCAUGUCAGUUAG